UGCUACAUAUCCAAUAUUACGUGGUCGAUGGCUUAUUUUAGAGUUUUCUAUAAUACUUAAAAAUUUUUAUGAGGAUCAAACAAGAGGCUUAUUUGGUUUUAAUCCUAAUAAGAUAUAUGGGUACAUUGAAUUUAAAGAAAAGCAAGUACUUCCUUUGGUAAAUGCUUCAUAUUCCAUAUUAAAUUUGACAACUGCUAAGCCUCUUUUUCGUUAUGACAAAGAAAAUUUUCAAAGAACAUAUAAGCUCAAUUUUUUCUAA